AUUUUUAAAUGCAUAAAGCUUUAUCAUUCGGUAAUUCUGAAUGCCAAUUAUAGGUUAUGGUGUCCAUAAUUAUAUUUAUUCUAUUCGUGUUUUUCAACGUUAUAGGUUAGAUCAUAUCGCAUGUUUUUAGAUUAGAGGUAGUUCGGAGUGGUUAUUCAAAAAUUAAUGAAAAUAAUCAUUUGUAUAAGUGUCUGUUAUACAUUUAUCUGAUCGAGCGUUUGUAUUAUUAUACAAAACAUUUAUAUUAAUAAAAAGAAAAUAUAUAAAGUUUUAUAAUGAGUAAAGUUUACAUAUCAUUGAAAGAAGCAAAACAUCAGUUUUCUAUAUUACUUGAUUCCAUUACUGAAUCUGAUAAGGCAGAUUUCAUUUCAUCUAUAUAUAAAGAACAGAUUUGCAAUGAAACUAUUAAUGAUUAUUUAGAUGAUUCCAAUAAUUUUGAGAAUAAAGGCGAAGGGUUUCUCGAUGAUCCAAUAGCGACAUUAAAUAUGAUAGCUAAUGAUGUAAAGAAACGAGUUCCUUUAGAUGCUAUAUUGUCGUCUGAAAAUAUUAGAUCGCCUACAAUAGGAGAAAAUGCUGAUUGUCUUCCACAUUUGACAGUCCACGUGGAUGAGUUUUUAUACGACGAAGAAGAUGUUGAAGAACUCGUUGAAGAAGGUAAAUUGAAGAGAAACUACUGCAAGGAUUGUGGCUCAAAAAAUAUUGACUCUUUGAUAUUUACAUCUCAUUCUAUGUCAAGAGCUGAUUUAUUUUUCAUCUUUAAUAAUAGUCUUCCUACACUCGAAAACAAAGUUGUACUAGACAUAGGUUCCAGAUUAGGUUCUGUUUUAUAUGGAGCAUACGUUUUUACCGAUGCAUCACGUAUUAUUGGAGUGGAAAUGAACGAAGAUCUUUGUAAAUUACAAAAAGAUAUCGUGUCUAAAUACAAUAUGGAAGAUCGGAUAGAAGUUCUGCAUAAGAGAAUAGAAGAAGCCGAGGACAUUGUCCAAUUAGCAGAUGUAAUAAUAAUUAAUAAUCCUUUCGAAUUUUAUGUUUCAGAAAAUGAACAUAUUCAAAUUUGGCAAUUUUUGAGACGUCACAUUAAAAGGGAAACUAUUUUAAUAACGUGUCCACAUUUAGAAACAAUAUUUAAAUCUUUAAAUACUCAAAUACAUUUAAGCAAUUGGGUUAAACCGUACAAUUUAGGAUGGAAUGAAGCAAAUAUGUUUUACAAUAAAACAAAUACAGAAGAUACCAGUUUUAAUGAUAUUGCAUUUUAUGAAAUUAUUUAAGCUCUACAUUAAUUUUUAUACAAAUCUGAACUGAAUGCAAAUGCUAAAAUUCCAUUAUUCAUUCGUAUAUAAAUAUUAAUUUU